ACUCAUAAGCGAUCGUCAAGGGUAUGAAGCAACGCCAAACUUCAACACAGCGAAUACAGUGUAUUUCGAUAAUGCGCUUGUUAAUUAUACACCAACACAUAUGACGACAAGUUUGCCAUUUCACGCUGCUUUUGCGUGGAUUUGCGACUAUAGAGCGAAUACAAUUGGAGCGUGUAACUAGAUCCCUCUCGGUAUAAAAGUUAGCUUCUUAGUUCGAGGGCACAGUAAUCAGACUCGCGGAAUUUGCAUCGGACCAGGAUGUCACGGUAUUUUCUAUCAGCUACACUAAUUUUGGUGGUUGGAUUCUGGCACUAUGGAUGUGCUUCGAGGAUACUCGGUAUAUUUCCAACACCCUCCAUCAGUCAUCAAGUGGUAUUUCGUGGACUCACCCUCGCGUUGAGGGAACGGGGUCACGAGCUCGUUAUUGUGACCACAGAUCCUGUGAACGAUCCAAAUCUGACAAAUUACAAGGAGAUAGAUGUCCACUCUCUCUACGAUAUUUUCAUCAAGGAUGUAGAUUGGAUUGCAACUCGAGAAAAAGACACGUGGUCUAACAUGUUUGAUGGCUUUAUGUCGAAGCUUGAGUUAGAAUGCGAAGAGAUCCUCGAACAUCCUGAACUGAGAAAGCUUUACGCGCCGAACAGUGGCGAAAAGUUUGACCUGAUGCUCAUUGAGAUGCUUUAUUUUCCCUCUCUUAUGCCUCUCGCUACGAGAUUUGACGUUCCAGUCAUCGGAAUGGCAUCUCUGGGUCUGAAUCUGAACAUACAGUACGCGGUUGGCAAUCCUAUUAUGCCUUCUCAUCCAUCAAAUUGGGAUGCGGACGAAAAAAUCUUCGGUGAAUUGACACUUUGGCAAAGAAUGAAGAACUUCAUACGGACAUGGAAAUAUCUGUACAAAUACUGGACUCGUUACAUGCCGGCGCAACAGGCGUUGGCGAGAAAAUAUUUUGGAAACGACAUUCCUGAUAUCAGCGAUAUCGAGAAGAACGUCAGUUUGGUCUUUGCCAACCAGCAAGCGCCGAUUACGUACCUUAGACCAAAUGUUCCUAAAAUCAUAGACAUCGGUGGGUUUCAUGUCACCAAGAAAAUUAAGCCUCUGUCAAAGGAUCUUCAAAAAAUUUUGGACGAUUCGACGCAAGGCUUCAUUUACAUGAGCCUCGGAUCAAAUGUCAAAAGUGUGAUGUUGGCGAAUGGAACGCGAGAAGAAUUCAUCGCUGCCUUUUCGAAACUACCAUACACUGUUGUUUGGAAAUUUGAAGAUGAGUUUCUUCCGAAUCAACCACCCAACGUCCUAAUUAUGAAGUGGGCUCCACAGCAGUCCAUUCUAGCACACCCGAACCUGAAAGUUUUCAUAUAUCAAGGAGGAUUGCAAAGCACGGAGGAGGCAAUAUCACAUGGCGUACCUGUAAUUGGCUUUCCAGUGCUUGCCGACCAGGAUAUACACGUUAGCAAAAUGGCGUCUCUCGGUGUUGGUAAAAAAUUAGAAAUUCUCACCGUCAAAAGAGACGAGUUAAUCGAAGCGAUUCAAUCCGUUGUCUAUGACACAAGCUACAAGAAACGCAUGUUGGACUUGCGAAAUUUGCUCAGAGAUAAACCUUACGAUUCGAUGGAAAACGCGAUUUGGUGGACGGAGCACGUGAUACGUCACAAAGGAGCUCCAUAUCUGCAAUCCACUCUGGUCGACGAGCCAUGGUAUCAGCGUCAAGAUAUGGACAUUGUUUUCAUCAUUUCCGCCGGAUCUCUCGUAGCUUUAUGUUUCACAUUAGUUGUAUUCCACAAGUUGUUGAUUUGCAGUAUUCGUGCCUUCAAUAAGCUGCCGUCCAGCAAAAAAGACAAACUCCAUUAAUUUAUUUUGGCAAUUGAUGCCAUAGAUCAUAUAAAGUAUUAAUUUACUGUAAAAAUGUAUGACACGUGUAUAAGUUAUGAAUACACUAGCUCAUUUUUUA